AAAAAAAGAGUCCCAGAGAAGCCACGCCCACCACCACCGGCGUUCGUGGCCCUCUAUUGCUGCUGCCCUCGCUCCGCUGCCUCCCCUCCCCUCCUCGCCCCGCCCAGCCCCGCUUCGCCACUCGCGCCCCAGAGGCUGGGAACUUCAAAGAGGAACAGGGUCCAUGGAGGAUGGAGGCGCUAUAAAUGGUUUGACUGGGACAGCACAGAUAAAGGGAAGUGGGGAUGAUGGCUCCGCAAAGCCGCUUCCCCCUUGCUGCGUUAAGGCAAGGGCGGCAGCGCCCGAGUCUGAGGCCAAGUGCCAUGCUACCGUGGUGUCGGGCUGGUUCACUGAACCCCCCUCACGCUGUGCUCCCUGUGCAGGUAAAGCUAGCAAAGUUCAGUAUUACAAUAACCCAAUGUGGCCAGGAGAGGUUCAUUCUUUGAAAGUGGUUAAGAUCUUGUACCAGGGGAAAUCACCAUACCAAGAAGUCUUAAUUUUUGAGUCUUCAACCUAUGGGAAAGUCCUUGUGCUUGAUGGUAUUGUCCAGUUGACUGAUAAGGAUGAAUGUGCGUACCAGGAAAUGAUUACUCACCUCCCACUUUGUUCAAUUCCAUCCCCUAAAAAAGUUUUGGUUAUUGGUGGUGGUGAUGGAGGUGUACUCCGAGAGAUUUCGAGACACAGUUCAGUGGAGUCUAUUGACAUAUGUGAAAUCGAUCAGCUGGUUAUUGAUGUUUGUAAAUAUUUCUUCCCACAGUUGUCUGUUGGAUUUGAAGAUCCUCGUGUUCGACUUCAUGUUGGUGAUGCUGUGGAGUUCUUGAAAAAUGCCCCUGAAGGGACAUACGAUGCUAUCAUAGUUGAUUCAUCAGACCCAAUAGGGCCUGCUCAGGAACUUGUGGAGAAGCCUUUUUUUGAUACAAUUGCUAGAGCUUUGAGGCCCGGUGGAGUUCUUUGCAAUCAAGCUGAGAGUAUGUGGUUGCAUACACAUUUGAUCCAGGAUAUGCUUUCAAUCUGCCAUGAGACUUUCAAGGGUUCUGUCCACUAUGCGUGGACUAGUGUCCCAACAUACCCAAGUGGGGUGAUUGGGUUUUUGCUAUGCGCCAAAGAAGGUCCACCUGUCAACUUCCGGACUCCUAUAAAUCCAAUUGAAAAACUGGAAGGAGCUACGAAAGCUGGAAGGGAGAUCAGAUUUUACAAUUCAGAGAUGCAUCGUGCAGCAUUUGUUCUUCCGACCUUUGCGAAGAGAGAGAUAGAAGCGUAUUGUGCUUCCACUGAAAGAGAACAGCCAGACGAAACAGCGGCACCACCACCGAAGUUAACUGUUGCGCCAAACAGUGAAAUUCUUACUGCAUCCUAGAGCAGGGCUCGUGUGGUGACCAUCACGGGAUAUCAAGGAGGCACUCCCUCCCCCAGUAUCCUCAUUGGAUAUCUAGUCAUGUACCAUCACAUAUUGUAAGCAUUGACAUAGAGAUGUGGGCUGCAUUGCGAUUGACACAUUACGAGGCAUAAAUUAGUAAUCCAUGUCCUGAACAAUGAAAUGAGGUUUAGAAGAAAAAGACGAGCUGACAGAGCAGCGUGUGACUUGAUGCAUUUGUCGUAAUUUUUUUUGGCUGUGUGUAGUAGUAUAUGUCGUGGUCAUUGCAAGUUGCAACAGUGAAUAAGAAUGGGGAUUGGCUUGAAA